AUUAAAAAUUAUAAUAUUAAAUAAAACGCACUAAAUAUUAAAAAAAUAAUUUUCUCACUCACUGUAAACGAACUACUUCUACAUUUACGUUACGCACUGUUGAUCGAGCUGUCACAAAACUGUCGACCGGGCUUUACCACAGUACAUUUUCCGUUGCAAACUGCGCCACCUCCGUCACUAUUCUUUGUACUCGUUUGUUUUUUUUUUGUAGGAAUUUUAUUUUUCAGACUCUUUGUACAAAGUGCCAAAGCAUUUGCCUCGUAAAUCGGUGUACCAGCAGUGACCAUGGCAUUGUGCAAUCCGUUCAGUGUUGCCACGGGAGAAUACAAGAACAGUCAGCCGUACUGCCCAGGGGAGCCACUAUUUCCAGCGUAUUCACACGCUGCGGAUAGUAGCACCAACAGCAGCAACAACAACUACAACAGCAACGUGGGUGGUCUUUCUGACUUCAGCUACAACUCCAUCACGACCACCCCCACCGAUGCAAGCAUUAGCACCACUGCUAUCUGCGCCGCCAGCACUCCGCUGUACGAAGCAGGGUCAGCUCGCCGUAAGCUGUUCAAAAAAACGCCCAAAACACAGCAGCUCUCCAAGCUGGCCAGUGUGCUGAAACCGUACAGCUCCGGUCUCGCGUUGCACAAUGUACUCAGCCCAGCCAUGCCGGAGAUCACCGUCGCCAAGCAGCGGGAUCUUGAAUUCAAGGCGGAGAUCGUCGUCAAUGCGACCCGAUACGAAGCGAUCGGGCAGAACAAAAAGAUAGCGAAAGCUAAUGUGUCCGAGAUGGUGCUGCGUGACCUUUGUUUGCAACAUUUGUCGGCCCGGGGCGACGAGGAGCAGCAGCUUGACGAAGUCGAGCCAAACUCCUACGAAGCGUUGCUGAUGACGAAUGUGACCUCGUUUGCCGUCCACAAACUGCUUGAGGAGUGGAACGCGAGCCUGCUGGCUGUGAACUGGCAGCCGACCGUUUCGAGCCCGACGGCCGACGGCAUCAAGAUCCGGUCCCAGCUUCCACCGAAUCCGACCAGCUACGUUCCGACCUCGCUGCUGGUGUUCAUGGUGCCGCAGGCGAAGUUCGAGGAUGAUGGAGUAAAGAUCCUCGGGUCCACGGAUCAGAAGAUCUACAAGGCACGGGCACGGGUACACGAGCAGUGCUUUUUAGGCACGGGGUCGUCGAAAAAGUUGGCCCGCGUGGCGGCAGCAAAGGACGCGUGCAAGACACUGUUCGGGGUUGAGUACUAGAAUUUGACGAAAUUAUUACCUCCGGAGGUAUUUGGCAACGAAGUGGAAAGGAAGUGUUUUUUUAGUGUUAGAUACACUAUUAGCCUUCUCGUCUGGAUUACGAAUACGAACUACAGUGACGAAUAAUGUUUAUCGUUAGUUUUUACACCAAAUCCAAACUGAACUGAAAUUCAAUUUAAAUAAAACUUUACCAUCACGUAUGAACCGACAAGUGUAAAGAAGCUUCAACCAUUUCAGCACGCAAAGAAAGAUGCAUCAAAUCUGUUCAAACCCUCGGACAUUUCAUAUGCUUACCAUUGCCUACCGACGAAAAUGAUCCUAGUAGCCUGGGGUAACAAAUUGUGCCCUGCAUAAACUAUCCUAUUGAGCAAUCCCUGCCAAUAUCAAGCUGCAUAGGGUAUGUGUAUGCCCUUGGUUCCACGUCCUCACGUCAAGUAUGGCGAGAAGCAUUUCAAUUUUCAUAUUUCCCUACCGUAUUAGCAUAAUAUUUGACUUGUUUUUCUACCAUUCGUACGAUGCGCACUUGCAUGCGUACGGAGCGAAGAAGGGAGGAUACAACGAAAGGCGAAUCAUCUUCUUAGCACGACGUGCUCCUCUGCCUGAGUGCAUUCGAAACAGACACACACGCACACAAACCACACUAACCACUCUAAUCUGUGUUGCGUCUUGGGAGGAAAAUUGCGGCCGGAAAGAAUACGUAGGACUUUUAGCGGUAAGUACUAGAGA